UCAGAGUUGCUUUACUAGCUCUUACAGUUCACAUUGCCUUUAGUUUCAACUUUCAACUUCUCCGGUUCUCCCUCCAUUCUUCACCCCCUUCUAGUUUAUUCAAGCAGGGGCUGCAGUAACCCUGGAUUAUCUAUCGACUCUCUUAGCCCUCUAAAAUUAUCUGAGGUCAGGGUUCUUCUUUGUCCUCUUAAUCCUUCUGCGAGUCUGCGUUUUUAACCCUGUUUCGGAUUUCUCUGCCUUCUACUAGUACUACAUCACAGCACAGCGCAACUGAGAUUUCAACUCUCGUUUAAGGUUUUGUUUUUGUUAAUAGUUCCUUUCGGAGUUCUUGUCCCUCGAGACCAGUGCACAGAAGCAACAUGGGAUACGAAAACGAUCUGUACCGCGACGAAGACGGCGAGCCUUUGAUGGACCCGGACAUGCCUUCCGAUAGGGAACCGUCGCUCGAACCAGAAGACCUCGACGACGACUGGAGGCGGGAGCGAUCGCCGACCCCAGUUCAUGAGUCCGAUUCUGCGUUGAAGGCUAGGCCGAGGAAGAGGCUCAUCAAAAAGAGUACCGCGAAGGAGAGUACGCCGGAUUUUGAGGUCGAGGAUGACUUUCAUGCCUUUGCGAGGGAUGAUUCAGAUGAUGAACCGUCGGCGCGUAAGAGGAAGGCUUCCGAGGAUGGUGGAAGCGGAAAGAAAGAGAAGAAAUUGAAGUCUGAUCGUAAGCUUGGGAAGGUGUUGAAGUCGGGCUCGAAGGGCGGGAGUGCUAGGAGGUCCAGGGAUCAUCAGGGAGGAGACCCGGAAAUGAAAGAGAUGUGGGACACCAUUGCCGGGGUAGAUUCUGAGGAUGACCAAGAAGGUGUCAGGAAUGUGGAUGAUGAUAACUUCAUAGAUGAUAGUGGUGUGGAUCCUGCUGACAGAUAUGGCGGUGACAAUGAACCAGGCUCCCCCGGUGAUGCUCCUCAGGCAGAAGAGGGUGAAGAGGAUGAUGAAAUCAAACAACUCUUCAAGAUGGGUAAGAAAAAGAAAAAGAGCGAGAAAAGUGCUGCGGAAAUAGCUUUACUAGUUGAACAUCUCAUGGCCGAACUCGAAGUCACUGCUGAAGAAGAUGCAGAACUCAACAGACAGUCUAAGCCUGCUAUUAAUAAACUCAAGAAGUUGCCUCUUCUGACUGAGGUUCUCUCCAAGAAGCAACUUCAACAAGAGUUUUUGGACCAUGGGGUACUAACACUUCUAAAGAACUGGCUUGAGCCCCUGCCCGAUGGAAGCUUGCCUAACAUAAAUAUCCGAACUGCAAUAUUGAAGAUAUUGACUGAUUUUCCUAUAGAUUUAGAUCAAUACGAUAGGAGGGAACAGCUUAAGAAAAGUGGCCUUGGAAAGGUCAUUAUGUUUUUGUCAAGAUCUGAUGAAGAGACCACUUCUAACAGGAAACUUGCUAAGGAUUUAGUGGACAAAUGGAGUCGGCCUAUAUUUAAUAAAAGCACACGUUUUGAGGACAUGAAAAGCUAUGAUGAUGAGAGAGUUCCCUUCCGGAGGCCUGCAGCAAAAAAACCAGUAACCAAAGACACAGGACUGGAAUCUAGAGAUGACGAUCUUGAUUUGGCUGAAUUUUCACAGGAACCAAAAUCUGGUCAAUCAUCAUCUAGGCUGCAUGCUUCUAGGCCUGAAGCCCUACCAAUGGAUUUUGUAUUACGUCCCAAAUCUAAGAUAGACCCAGAUGAAGUCAGAGCCCGGAAUAAACAAAUUGUCUAUGAUCAGCGCCGACUGAAGAUGAAUAAGAAAUUGCAACAGUUGAAAGCUCCAAAGAAGCAGCUUCAAGCAACAAAGCUCAGCGUGGAGGGUCGUGGCAUGGUCAAAUUCUUUUAGAUGUAAGCACCAGUUGCCAGUUGCCAACAUGAAGAAUUCAUUAUAUGGACGUGGUAUGAAACUGCUAUUAUGCGACAGCUCGGAAAACCCAUUGAUGGAUUGUGUAUUGUUUUGCAUCCACCGCAGAAUCGCUUGUCUUAUGGAUGGCAGCCUCAUAUUGUUUAGGGAUAUACUGAAUGAAUUGAAAGAUUAGAGGGUUAAGCGAAAUUCUCUUCUUAAGCUGUUCUGUUUACUCCUGGAAGGAGUAAUCAAGCUAGCUGAUCCUGCUCAAACUCAAAGGCAGUCAGUCCAAAGUCCCUUGGGAAGUUUGUUCAUUUGCCAUUACAUGAUAUAAAAGGUUCACACCUGUCAAAGAAAAUCGAACUUGUUGGAAUACAAAGAUACAAAAUAAUCUCACAACAAUGCAGAUUGUAUGGUACGGGUUUGUUUUACAAUGAUAUGGAUGGAGUUUGUACGGGAGGGGAGAGAAUCAGAAAUCAGAAUUACAAUAAAGAAGUGCAGCUAUGCCAUUUUGACAUUUUCUAUCAAGAUUGGGCAGUUGUCUGGCUUGGGCUGGGUUGCUUUAACACGUAUGACGUAUUAGGUAUGACCUAUACCCGUGCAUUACCAACUCAUGUCUCCCCAUUUUCUCGAUUUGGACUUGCCAACCAAAGCUCGCCACUCGCCACCCGGUCCACCCCUGGUUGAAGGUAAGCUGAACCGCUGACUCGCUAGAAGGCUUUGGAUGAUGCGUGGUCCCUCACGUGGCCUAGUUAUAUCUCACCUUGCGCCAGGAAUUUUAAGUUUUUUCAGUUUCUUCUUGGCUUCAUACGUUCUAUUACAAUAGUUUGUGUAGUCGGGUUAACUUAAGCUCCCAUUGACAAAGUACAUUGAGUAAAAACAGUGCACCGAAUGGAUUUAAGG